CCUCUGGGGAAGAUACUCAAGUCUCAGCAAGAGUCUCAACAGUUGAAUGGAAGAAAAUAACUUUUAACAACCAUUUUGUUACUUACAGAAAGGACUUUGAAUAAAGAAAACCAUGAUGUUGCAAGCCCAACUGCACUGCUUGUGUCUCUUUACACUUUACUUGACAACUGGAUAUGGCCAAGAGGGAAAGUUUAGUGGACCCCUGAAGCCCAUGACUUUUUCUAUUUUUGAAGGCCAAGGACCGAGUCAAAUCAUAUUCCAGUUUAAGGCCAGUCCUCUUGCUGUGACUUUCAAACUAACUGGGGAGACAGAUGACAUAUUUCAGAUACAACCAGAUGGACUUCUGUAUCACAGCAAAGCCCUGGACAGGGAAACAAGAGCUGUUCACAAACUCCAGGUCUCAGCCCUGGAUGCUCAUGGCAAUACAGUGGAGGGCCCAGUCCCCAUCACCAUAGAAGUGAAGGACAUCAACGACAAUCGACCUGUGUUUCUCCAGCCAAAGUAUGAAGGCUCAGUAAGGCAGAAUUCUCGCCCAGGAAAGCCCUUUAUGUAUGUCAAUGCUACAGACUUAGAUGAUCCAGCCACACCCAAUGGCGAGCUUAUUUAUCAAAUUAUCAUGCAGCUUCCCAAGGUCAACAACGUCAUGUACUUUCAGAUCAACAACAAAACGGGGGCAAUUUCACUUACUCUAGAAGGAUCCCAGGAACUGGAUCCUUUGAAGAAUCCUUCCUACAAGCUGGUGGUCUCAGUGGAGGACAUGGGAGGCCAGAAUGAGCAUUCCUUUAGUGACAGCACAUCUGUGGAUAUUAUGGUGAAGGAGAAUAUUUGGAAAACACCAGAACCAGUGGAGAUUGAAGAAAACUCAACUAAUCCUUACCCCAUUAAAAUCACUCAGGUGCGGUGGAACGAUCCAGAUGCACUAUAUUCAUUAGUGGACAAAGAGAAGCCAUCACAAUUCCCAUUUUCAAUCGACCAGGAAGGAGAUAUAUAUGUGACUCAGCCCUUGGACCGAGAAGAAAAGGACGCAUAUGUUUUUUAUGCGGCUGCAAGGGAUGAGCAUGGAAAACCACUUGCAUUUCCACUGAAAAUUCAAGUGAAAGUUAAAGACAUUAAUGACAAUCCACCUACAUGUCCAUCUACAGUGACUGUACUUGAGGUCCAGGAGGAUGAACAAAUAGGGAGCAGUAUUGGAACACUUAUGGCUCAUGACAUGGAUGAAGAAAACACUAUGAACAGUGUUUUAAGAUACAGAAUUGUGGAUCAAACCCCGAAAGUUCCUAGAGAUGGACUCUUCCUUGUCCAGACCUACUCGGGAACGUUCCAGUUAGCUGUGCAGUCCUUGCGGAAGCGAGACACUCCGCAGUACAACUUGACAGUAGAGGUGUCUGACAAAGAUUUCAAGACCCUCUGCUUUGUGCAGAUCAACAUUAUUGAUAUCAAUGAUCAGAUCCCCAUCUUUGAAGAAUCAGAUUAUGGAAACCUAACUCUCCCUGAAGAUACAGCCAUUGGAACUGUCAUCUUAACCAUCCAGGCCACCGAUGCUGAUGAACCAUAUACGGGAAGUUCUAAAAUCCUGUACCGAAUUACACAGGGAGACAGUGAGGGAUGUUUGGAGAUUGAAACAGAUCCCCAAACCAAUACUGGAUAUGUCAAGGUUAAAAAGCCUCUUGAUUUUGAAGCAGUAGCCGUUCACAAUAUUGUGUUCCAAGCAGAAAAUCCUGAGCCUCUGGCGCUUGGUGUACAGUACAAUGCCAGCUCUUCUGCUACAUUCAGACUUAUUGUGACAGAUGUGAAUGAAGCACCACAAUUUUCCCAACAAGUAUACCAAGCAAAAGUCAGUGAGGAUGUGGCUAAAGGCACUAAAGUGGGCAACGUGACUGCCAAGGAUCCGGAAGGUCUGGACAUAAGUUAUUCAUUAAGAGGUGACAAGAGAGGUUGGCUAAAAAUUGACCCCGUCACCGGCGAGAUCUUUAGUGUGGCUCCGCUGGACAGGGAAGCUGAAAGUCUGUAUCAGGUACAAGUGGUGGCAACAGAAGUAGGUGGAUCCUCCUUGAGCUCCACGGCGCAAUUCCACCUGACCCUCACGGAUGUGAACGACAACCCGCCGCGGCUGGUCGAGGAGUACACAGGCUUGUUCUUCUGCUACCCCCUGAAAGCACCCGGAAGUCUCAUUUUCGAGGCCACUGAUGAUGAUCAGCAGUCAUUACGGGGUCGACACUUUACAUUUUCCCUUGGCAGUGAAAGCUUACAAAAAGACUGGGAAGUUUCCAAAAUCAAUGGAACUCAUGCCAGCCUCUCCACCAAGCACACGGGCUUUGAAGAGAGAGUUUACCACAUCCCAGUCCGCAUCAGUGAUGGUGGUUGGCCACCCUUGGAAGGGACCGUCUCUUUAGCAGUUACUUUCUGCAAGUGUGUGGAAGAUAGGUGUUUCCAGCCAGCAGGUCACAUGCCUGGGAUACCCACUGUGGGCAUGACAGUUGGUAUACUCCUUAGCACCUUUUUGGUCAUCGGUAUAAUUUUAGCCGUUGUGUUUUUCCAGAUAAAGAAGAAUAAAGGCCAACAUAAUGUUGAAAGUGCUCAGGCAUCUGAAGUCAAGCCUCUGAGAAACUGAAUGUGAAAAGGAAUAUUUGAGUCUAUGUACCAAGUGCUAUUUCAGUAACACAACCAUUUAACCCCAUAAUUUUGCUUUGCAUCCAACAUGUGCACUAUCAUUUUUUACGAUAUACCCUCUUGCCCUUUACUAUUUUAUUACUCUUAGAUAUUUCAUGUGCUGUAGACAUUAGAGAUAUUUUCCAUUUUCUCAUGAUACUUUUCCACUCUGCAAAAGCCUUAGCUAUUUAUCCAAACACAAAAAUGUAUGUGCUUUUCCUUCUUAGGGAAAGAGAGGCUGAGGAAAUACUCUGUUCAUUUUUUCUUCAUCAAGAGAUCUAUCAGUCAUCCAUCAUAGCACAUCCUGGAUUCCAUUUAUGCUUUUUCUAAUUCCAUCCCGUGUCUCCUUCCUCCAUAUCUCCUUUGGUAUUUCACUAAUUUUAAAACAUUUGUUGGAGGAAAGAACAAAGCUAAGUCUCAGGAAAAAAAUUAAAGCACAGACCUGUCCCUUAGUUUGAGCAGAAACUCUUUGUUGUUAUUAGCCUCCUUUAGCCCCAUGUAGCUUAUGUUGCUUUUCGUUGGAGGAUUUUGCACUUGGGAACUUCAUGAGCCCACUGCAGACCACGCAGAGGCCUGCUUCAUAAACCCUGGUGCAAACACCAGCCACUCACCGUGUUUACUCACUACCUACCAUGCUCACGUGCUGCUCAUGUUUUCUUUAUGUGUAUAUUAAUUAAGUUUCGGUUAUUAUAUAUUUAACAGUAGAGGACGAUAAGGAAGCACAAAAGAUGUAGUGACAAAAAUCAAGAAUAAACAUUGGCUUUGGUUUUG